AUGUCACGUCUGUCAUCACGAUCUAAACUGUUCACAUUGAAUGUAGUAGCGUUUAGUAGACCAGCAACAACAACAACAACAACAAGGCGUUUGUUAACAACGGGUAAGACAGUAGUUGUUGAACGUGAAUUACCAAGACCAGCACCACCUUCAAGAAAACGUUGGCUUUGGGCAGGUGCAGGAGUUGGUGCUUUAGUCUGGUUUGUUGGAUUAGGCGCUGCACUUAACCAUCAACGUUUAUCAAGUAGUGUUGUUCAUGGUACACUUUUUAUGGUACGUUAUGAUCAUCGAGUCAUUUCACUUAUAGGGGAUAAAGUAAAUUAUGCAGAUUAUUGGCCUUGGAUUAGUGGUUCAGUGAACCAUCUAAAAGGAAAAAUUGAUAUAAAAUUUAGAAUUCGUGGAUCAAAAGAUGAAAUAGCUGUUGUUCAUUUUAUUUCAAAACGUGAAGGUGCAAAAUGGAGAACAAUUCAAUUUACAGUGACUCGUAUUUCAGACCAGAAAACAAUUGAUAUUGGUGAACAUGAUUUAACAGAUACAGGAGAACCCUUGAUUCUUGAUAAAUAA